AUUUUUACGGCUGCAGUUCUCUGCACAUCAACAUUGCACUACAGAAGCCAAAAGCUAGAGUUGACAAUGUUGGCUACAAGGAACGUUUUAGCUUUAACGAAGAUGGGGAACAUGUUGUUUCCCAUAAGAUUCGUCAUGAAUGGCUCAAAAAAGCUUGAAGAUGUUGUAACUGUUGAUGUUCAUGCUGCAAAGGAGCUACUCAGAUCAGGCCACAAAUAUUUAGAUGUGAGGACAAUUGAGGAAUUCCAGGAGGGCCACAUUGAAAAUGCUCAGAAUGUUCCUUACAUGUUCAAAACACAAGAAGGGAGAGCCAAAAACCCGGAAUUUAUCACCCAAGUUUCUGCUUUAUUCAAGAAGGAUGAUCCCUUAGUUGUGGGUUGCAAAAGUGGAGUUAGAUCACUCAAAGCCUGUGUUGAUCUUCUGAAUUCUGGCUUUGAAAAGGUGACGGACAUGGGAGGAGGUUAUUCAGAAUGGGUUGACAAGCUAAACACUUCUUCUUGAAGGAUGAAAAUGACCGCACAUCAAUGUGCAUCUGCAAACUGCCUCCUCAACAAGGGCCAUUGCUAUAUUGAUUUGGGAAAUGGGCAGGUAA